AUGUACCACCUCCUUGAGCUACACCUUCGAUAUCGAGAGGCUAUGCGCGCCAAGUAUCUGCCAACCGAGUUUGACAUUCACUCGGAGUACGAUGAAGCGAUUCUUACUAGUACAGGAUGGGAGCCUGACUUGGAAGCGACAAACACAGAGCGCAGCAACUUGCUUCAUAAUAAAAAACAUUGGAAGGAACUCGGAAAGGGCCGCGAAGGAGAGACGUUCACUUUCAACAAUACCGUCAUCAAGAUCUACAACGAACAGACCAGCCCGUUUCGCAACUGCCUGCAAAACACUGGUGUAUUACCGAUACGAUGGCCAACAGAGAUACCAGCCAGUUUAAUCGUGGGAGGACACGAGGACAGCUCAUUACUAUCCAACGACGACCCAUACAGGGAAUUAUUCGUUCCUGUUAAAGACUACUUUCUAGCCACCCCAGACCCACUAAUGCCUCCAAAAUGGCAUCUAGUCACACCGUUUCUCAAGUCAGGCACCCUCAAAAAGCUAGCAAAGAAGCUACGCGCCUCAAACGACUCUCCGUCAUAUCGCGAGCUCGACCAGAUGUUCAGAGCAUCCUUCGAGGCUCUCCUCUCGGCACUUGACAACCUACACAUGACACACAGCCUCUGCCACGACGAUAUAAAGCUUGCAAAUAUAUUUGUAGCUUCUGAACAUGACCCCAGGCAGUGGAAGCUCGGUGACCUUGGCAACGCUCGUGAGCCCGACCACCCCUACCACUCCACACCUCUGUGGACGGCCGACACGCCCCAGCUGCGCGAUUGCCGCGCCAAUGAUGCGCUCCGCCUGACAAAAGUGUACCUCCAGUUCCUCCGUCUUUCCAGCAGAAACUCGGAAGAGUUCGACGAGGCUUUGUUCAAAGGCACCGAUACCUUGAGUAGGUUCUACUGGACCAUUGCUCGCGCCCCGGCUCCGGCCACGGCGGCACAGAUUUGGCAACUAUCUGGUGUAUACCCACCACAAGUGGACGGAAAGCAGACGCCAUGGUUGACUAUGCAGCCGGCCGGCGUCAAAGAGCCCCGUGGUUGGGCUCCGGCUGCCGAGGCCGUCUUUGGAUGGAAGUGGUCCUUGAGGAGCGCGGUGAAGAAUGAAUUACGGGUUGGCGCUAAAGAGAACAUGGGAAAAUUUCUUGGUUUAACUUGGAUUUUGGGAGUCCCCAUUGGCGUGUGUCAGGUUGUCUAA